CCCAGUUGUUUUCAAUUCAAAUGUUUGCAAUAACAAUCAAAGCAAAUGUAGCAGCAUAUUAAUUCACCAAAAAAAACACACACACAGACAAUGAAAACAUACCUUUUCUUCCUUCAUAUUUUUCUGCUAACAACAACAACUUCUCUAUUGCCCCUUCCAAAAGCAGCAGCCUCACCUACAACUGAAGCAACUGCUCUGGUGAAAUGGAAGAACACCCUACCAUCACCAUCUCCUGUACUAAACUCAUGGUCACUCACCAACCUCCGAAACCUCUGCCGCUCAUGGACCGGCAUCCGAUGCAACUCCGGCGGCUCCGUUUCUCAAAUCGACCUCUCCGAUUCGAAUCUCGCCGGAACCAUCAGCCAAUUCGAUUUCUCCUCACUCAUAAACCUCACAACUCUCAACCUCAACGGCAAUGCCUUCAACGGCUCGAUCCCGACGAGUAUCGGAAAUCUGACGAAGCUCGUUUCGUUCGACCUCAGCGACAAUUUGCUUGACGGCCCGAUCCCGAUUGAGAUCGGCAAUCUGAGGGAGAUUGAAUACUUCACCUUGCUCAACAACUCUCUAAUUGGAGAAAUUCCUCACCAAUUCGGCAAUCUCCAAAAGGUAAGGUAUUUGAAUUUGGGCUCUAAUUACUUGGAAACCCCUGAUUGGUCUAGGUUUCCGAGCUUUCCACUUCUAACGCACCUCAUGAUUAACUACAACGAGCUUACGUUAGGGUUUCCCGACUUCAUCACAGCUUGUCAGAAGCUCACCGUUCUCGAUUUGUCGCAAAACAAACUCACCGGACAAGUUCCUGAGUCUUUGUUCAAUCUGGUUCAACUCGAGUACCUUAACCUAACCUUGAAUUCGUUACAAGGGUCCUUUUCGACGAACCUCACGAAGCUGUCGAAAUUGAAGGAUCUUCGAUUGUCGAGCAACUUAUUCUCCGGCCACAUUCUUGAUUAUGUCACUUUUAUGCCAAACCUCGAAAUUCUUCAUCUGUUCAACAAUUCAUUUCAGGGGGGAAUCCCGCCGGAAAUAGGUCAACUCCGGCAACUCCAGGAGCUAGAUCUCCGGCAGAACGCCUUCAACUCCACAAUUCCGGCCGAGCUCGGCCUCUGCACUAACCUCACCUUCUUAGCAUUCGCCCUCAAUUCGUUCACUGGACCGUUGCCUUCAUCCUUUUCGAACUUAACCGAGCUAUCCAACUUGGGAAUCUCCGACAACAGUUUCUCCGGCGAUAUCUCGCCGUUCAUCGGGAGCUGGACGAAACUAACGUCGCUGCAGAUUCAAAACAAUCACUUCACCGGCGAAAUCCCGCCGGAGAUUGGCCUGAUGACGGAUCUGAAUUAUCUGUUUUUGUACAACAAUUCAUUUUCCGGCGAAAUCCCACCGGAGAUAGGCAGCCUGCAGCACCUGUUGAUGCUAGACCUUUCGACCAAUCUAUUUUCAGGCGGCAUACCUUCGACACUCGGCAACCUCGCAAACCUUUCGAUACUAAACCUUUUCUCAAACAGUCUUACAGGAACCAUUCCUUCCACGAUUGGAGACUUGAGUUUACUACAGAUUCUUGAUAUCAAUACAAACCAAUUGACUGGUCCGAUACCGGAUUCCUUCUCCAACCUCACUAGCCUGUCGACUCUAUCGGUGUACACGAAUAACCUUUCGGGGAUUCUCCCACCAGAUCUCGGGCAGAAUAUUCCUCAGUUAACCAGUGUUAGCUUUUCCAACAACAGCUUCUCUGGGGAGAUUCCAUCUGGCAUAUGCAGCGGCCUGUUGUUCGAUCAGUUUACGGUGAACGGCAAUGGGUUUUCGGGGCUUCUGCCGCAAUGCUUGAAGAACUGCUCGGGGUUAAGAAGGGUGCGCCUCGAAGACAAUCGGUUCUCGGGGAAUGUUUCGGAUGCGUUUGGAGUUCAUCCGCUGCUCGACUUCGUUUCUCUGAGCAGAAAUCAAUUCACCGGCCAGCUCGAUGGCGAGUGGGGUCAAUGCAGAAAUCUCACAAAUAUUCAGAUGGAUCACAAUAGAAUAUCCGGACGUAUCCCAGCUGAGCUCGGAAAUCUGACACAGCUUGGCGUUCUUGCCUUGGAUUCGAACGAGUUAACGGGCGAAGUUCCUGUGGAGUUCGGAAAGCUGGAGCAGCUGUUUAAUCUCAACCUGAGCAACAAUCAGUUGAGUGGCGAAAUUCCUACAACUAUCGGCCAACUGACGAAGCUCCGGAAUCUUGAUUUGUCGGGGAAUAAAUUCAGAGGGAAUAUUCCCGAGGAAGUUGGUAACUGCGAAGGCUUGCUGAACUUGAAGCUGAGCAAUAACUUAUUAUCAGGGGAGAUCCCUUCGGAACUCGGAGAUUUGACGAGGCUGCAAAUCGUGUUGGACCUCAGUAACAAUUCACUUUCGGGGAAUAUUCCGUCAUCCUUCGGAAGGUUGACCUCAUUGGAGAUUCUCAACCUCUCGCACAACAAUCUUUCGGGCCGAAUCCCAGCAGCAUUGUCUGGAAUGAUUAGUUUGAGAGACUUCGAUUUCUCUUACAAUAAUCUGUCUGGUCCGAUCCCAGCCGGCGAUAUAUUCAGCAGAGCACCCGCAAAAGCAUAUAUUCCAAACUCCGGUUUAUGUGGAACUGCAGAAGCAUUACCUCGUUGUGAUGCCCCCUCUUUAACUUCAAAGUCGAGUAAUAAUCGGACGAAGAUUCUUGUCGGUGCCAUUGUGCCAGCUGUUAGCCUCGUAAUUUUGGCAACCAUUAUAGCUGGAUGUUGCAUUUGCCGAGGGAAAUCAAAGCAACUCGAUGAAGAAACCAAAAGCAUGACCAAGUUCGAGGAUUCGGAAUCGCUCGUUUGGGAAAGAGAAGGGAAACUCACAUUUGGAGAUAUUGUUCGAGCAACGAAAAAUUUCGACGAGAAAUACUGCAUCGGAAGAGGAGGAUUUGGAAGCGUUUAUCGAGCUGACUUGGCGAGCGGACAGAGUGUAGCGGUGAAAAGGCUCCACGUAUCGGAAUCGAGCGACGUGCCACUGGCGAAUAUUCGUAGUUUCGAGAAUGAAAUCCGGACACUGACGGAAGUGAGGCACAGGAACAUAAUCAAGCUUUAUGGAUAUUGCUCGAGUAAAGGAUCGAUGUACUUGGUCUACGAGUACGUAGAGAGAGGCAGCUUGAGAUCAGUUCUGUACGACGAAAACGGAGCCCUCCAACUAAACUGGCAGACGAGGGUUAGAAUCGUGCAAGGAGUGGCGCACGCGCUAGCCUACCUUCACCAUGAUUGCACACCACCUAUCGUCCACCGUGAUGUAACGCUAAACAACAUUUUACUCGAGUCGGAAUUCGAACCGAGGCUAUCGGAUUUCGGCACGGCGAAAUUGCUGAAUUCUGAUUCGUCGAAUUGGACGACAAUGGCAGGCUCUUAUGGUUACAUGGCGCCAGAGCUUGCACUGACAAUGAAGGUGACGGAGAAGUCUGACGUGUACAGCUUUGGAGUUGUGGCGUUGGAAAUUAUGAUGGGGAAGCACCCGGGGGAUCUCAUAAGUUCGCUGUCGGCAAACUCGGCAUUGCAUAGUGAACCGGAUGUGUUUGUGAAGGAUCUGAUUGAUCAACGGCUCUCAUCUCCUACGGGCAAAACAGCAGAGGAAAUUGUGUUUGUAGUCACCAUUGCAUUAUCGUGCGUAAGAGCAAACCCUGAGUCGCGGCCUAAUAUGCGUUUCGUUGCACAAGAAUUGUCGGCUCGUGAUCAGGCUUACCUGCUGAAGCCACUGGCGACAGUAAAACUAAACGAAGCCACAAGUUUCUCAAAGUAGGAUAAGUUGGCGAUUUUGCGUAGAUAAAUAUACAUCAGAUAAUAAUAUAUCAUUGUAAAUUUGUUUAUAAUGUAUAUGUUUUUGAAUAUUAGUCGACGAGAUACAAUAAAAUGCAAAAGAAUUCAGCGUAUUUCCUUUGCUGUAAUUAUUUACUUUUGGUUGUUGAACCACGUCUAUAAGAGCUCCAAUUUUCAUCUAUAAGAACCAAUGCAUUCGA